UGCGUAACACACUGCUGGUUGAGAUAGACGGGGCAGAAAGGUUGCCUUUCUGGGUCGUAGGCGCUUUGCUGGAGCUUUGCUGUACUUUUAUGCGAAACGACAGCGGAUUUAGAAGACCUGCCGAGGUUUUCCGGGUUUCCUCUCCAGAAGUUCCUGUUCUUAGAUGGUAACAGAGAGCUUGAGAUAAGAGAGUGAACAUGGCAGUGUGGAUCCAGGCCCAGCAGCUGCAGGGAGAUGCUCUACACCAGAUGCAGUCUCUCUACGGGCAACACUUCCCCAUAGAGGUGCGACACUACCUGUCCCAGUGGAUAGAGGGACAACUCUGGGAUGCGAUAGAUUUAGAGAACCCUCAGGAGGAGUUGAAAGCCAAGCGUUUAUUGGACAGCCUGAUCCAGGAACUACAGAAGAAAGCAGAGCAUCAAGUGGGAGAGGACGGCUUCUUACUCAAGAUCAAAUUAGGACAUUAUGCUUCACAGCUAAAGAGCACGUAUGACCGCUGUCCCCUGGAGCUGGUGAGAUGCAUCAAACACAUCCUGUAUACAGAGCAAAGACUCGUCAGAGAGGCGACUAAUUCGAGCUCACCGGUGGGCAGCCUGAUGGACAGCAUGUCGCAGAAGUACCAUCAGAUAAACCAGGCAUUCGAGGAGCUCAGAGUAUUGACUCAGGACACAGAGAAUGACCUCAGAAAACUACAGCACAACCAGGAGUACUUCAUUAUACAGUACCAGGAGAGCCUCAGAAUACAGGCUCAGUUAUCAAGUCUGGCCACACUGCCUCCAGCAGACCGACAGCUACGAGAGCCCAGCCUGCUCAGCAAGAGAGCCACAGUAGAGGCCUGGCUGACCCGAGAGGCCAACACCCUGCAGAAAUACAGACUGGGCUUGGCAGAGAAACACCAGAAGACACUGGCAUUGCUACGGAAACAGCAGACGGUGAUUCUUGACGACGAGCUGAUUCAGUGGAAGAGACGUCAACAACUGGCUGGCAACGGCGGGCCGCCCGAGGGAGGACUGGACAUACUACAGUCAUGGUGUGAGAAGCUAGCGGAAACCAUUUGGCAGAAUCGUCAGCAGAUCCGGAGGGCGGAGCAUCUGAGACAGCAGCUGCCCAUUCCCGGCCCCAUCGAAGAGCUGCUGACCGAACUCAACAGCACCAUCACGGACAUCAUCUCGACUUUAGUCACCAGUACCUUCAUCAUCGAAAAGCAGCCGCCUCAGGUGCUGAAAACACAAACAAAAUUUGCGGCGACAGUGCGUUUGCUGGUAGGUGGCAAACUGAACGUACACAUGAACCCACCGCAGGUCAAAGCCACCAUCAUCAGCGAGCAACAGGCCAAGGCCCUGCUCAAGAACGAAAACACCAGAAAUGACAGCAGUGGUGAGAUCUUGAAUAACAACUGUGUGAUGGAGUACCACCAGACCACAGGCACUCUCAGUGCACACUUUAGAAACAUGUCUCUGAAGCGGAUAAGGCGUUCAGACCGUCGAGGGGCGGAGUCUGUUACCGAGGAGAAGUUUACCAUUUUGUUUGAAUCACAGUUCAGUGUUGGGGGAAAUGAGCUGGUAUUUCAGGUUAAGGGCCGGGUGCCUUUCAUUGUGCCCGACAAGGUGUUAUGGCCGCAGUUGUGUGAAGCUCUGAAUAUGAAGUACAAGGCCGAGGUGCAAUCAAAUCGAGGUCUGUCUGAGGAGAAUCUUGUCUUUCUCGCUCAGAAAGCCUUCAGCAGCUCCUGCGUCAACCCGGAGGACUACCGCAACAUGACCAUGACCUGGUCACAGUUUAACAGGGAGAGUUUACCAGGCAGGAACUUCACUUUUUGGCAGUGGUUUGAUGGUGUGAUGGAGCUUACUAAAAAACACUUGAAGCCUCACUGGAAUGACGGGGCGAUUCUUGGCUUUGUGAAUAAACAGCAAGCUCAGGACAUGCUGAUGUCCAAACCCAACGGAACCUUUCUGUUGCGCUUCAGUGAUUCUGAAAUUGGUGGCAUCACCAUAGCCUGGGUGGCAGAGAACCCUAACAAAGCAGGAGAAAGGAUGGUGUGGAACCUCAUGCCAUACACAACCAAAGACUUCUCUAUCCGCUCCUUGGCGGAUCGCAUCAGCGACCUGAAUCAUCUCCUGUUCCUCUAUCCUGACCGGCCCAAAGACGAGGUCUUCUCCAAAUACUACACCCCUCCACUGUCUAAAGCUGUGGACGGAUAUGUAAAACCACAGAUCAAACAAGUAGUGCCAGAGUUUGCGACACCUAACCCCGACCCUGCAGCAAACCCCACCUACAUGGACCAUGCAGCAUCUCCAGCUGUCAAUCAACCACAUGCUUAUGGACUCUAUCCUCCCAUUGGAGACCCAAUGCUGGACGCUGAUGGCGAUUUCGAUCUGGACGACACCAUGGAUGUAGCGAGGCAUGUAGAGGAACUGCUCCGUCGACCGAUGGAGGGCCAGUGGAGCGGCCAGCAGUCAUGACCUUCAUCUGUGACUUUUCUUCCUAAACAAUGUUUUUUUAAAUACAUUUUUCUCCUACUCUUAGUGUAUUUUCCCCAUUUGUUUCUCAGUGUUGGUCUUUAUGACUUUCAGUUUAGCUUUUUCUCUAUCUCUCUUUUUUCUCUUUCAUCACACCUCAUUUACUUUCCCCCAUCCCUUGUUUCUGUAGAAGAGAAAGGAGCUAAUGGAAGAAGAAAACUACAAUGAGCCUUCCUCUAAUUAAAUACCACCAAACAGUAUUGUAGGAAAAGAGAGAGAGAGAUGCAUGUUAUCUUUUUUCCUUUGUGCAUGUAUUUGUUUCAAAUUGACUUUUCGCAGGAAAAAUCUGUGAAACCCUUAAACAGAAAUGUACUACUGUAAGGAACAUUUUUAUGUUUUUCAAACUGUUCUAUGGUUUAUUUUGAGGGUGUUCCGAUAUCUAUUGCAUCUGAAGUAAAUGCAUAUUAUCCUUUGCACUCUUAAACGAAUGCUUUCUUGCAGACGAUGACAUUAUUGUUACUAUGGCGAUUGCAAUAUAACGCUUCUGUACACUAAAGAGUGUUUAGGUUGCAAGGCUGUUAACAUUCGUUGCACCUACAUGAGCACCGACAGGCUGAAUGGGUUUAAUCAUCCCUUCGCCGUCUGUUUAAUCUGAACCGUGAAUAUAAGUUACACCCACAUCCAAACCAGCAGCACCACGACCUGUCACUCACAUCGUUGAAACUGAGGCACACAUGAGAAACGCACACGCGCCCGCUCACAUCCGUCCCACGUAAAGCGAUGGAAACACAUGGGGUAGAGAAAGGUCCGCUGAGCGUCUCGGCUCACGCUACACUACACAGGCCGUCUCUCUUUCUCUGUCUGUCUGUCUCUCUCUCCAGUGCAACAGGUGAUGACCUCAUCUGUUCUCAUGCUUCCCUCUCGGAACAAAACAAGAGAACCCGUCGUCAUGGUUACACAUGCUGCUUCUGGAAUGCUCCUAACUGGCCAUCCUAUAGGUUCGCAUUUCUGUAUGUCACCUUGUUACCGACCUGCAUCUUUUUUCUCUCGCACUCUGCAUACACCUAGGCCACUCAGGACAUUGACGUACAGUUGAUGUAAAAUACCUAUAAUAAUAAUAAUAAUAAUAAUAAUAAUCGAAUAUAAAUAAAAAUACGACAUUUAAAAGAAAGUACCUACAUCCAGAAUAUAUGAAUUUAUUUUUUGUUAACAUAUUUCUAUUUUAUUACUGUACGAUGCUAGAUGGCUCCAUCCCUCUGUGUAGUGCAAAAUGACGCUUUACUGUGUCCGAUUGUCUGUAGAAGCCCUAACGUACUGAUCCAAAAUCAGUACUCAAAACUAUUAUCGACACAAAGGGGUCGGUCGCUGCCAUCUCAGUAGUUUCACUUCAGAUUUCAGCUGAGCUUUUGCAUGGAAGAAAAGGCCAAACAGUGAAGUUAGCACGAAGAGACGUUUUCUGUGUGCUUACUGUAUGUGUAAUCUGCAAACCUGACUAAUUACUCCCACUUUUAGAUGCCUGUGUUCAUUUUUAAAGGAUGGUUUAUUCCUCACAGUGGAUGUUGUUUUUUCCCCCUCUCUAUUUCUCUGUCAUGGCAGAGACACAUAGGAAGCCGUGUGAUUUUUCUUUAUCUUUGUUUUCAAAUUGAUCUGUCAUGUUGUUGUGUAGACUGUUUCUCACUGUGUGUGUGUGUGUGUGUGUGUGUGUGUGUGUGUGUGUGCACGCAUGUGUUGGCAUGUUCAGCUCUGCUCUGUUUUGUGUUCGUCAAUGUUUGGAUGUAGCGAAGAGCAAUUGAAUUGACAAUAAAGUUUUUUUUUGUUUUUUUUUUAUAAUCUGGACUCCAGCACAAGUAGUGUGAGCACUUUGUCUUUAAUGUGAGAAUUGAAUGAACUUGGGUUCAUAAUUGGUGUGAUUUCCCUAACUGAUGAUCUAACAGUUUGUGCACCUUGACAUUUUACAAGCCAUUUGUAGUCUUUCUAUCAGGUCCUUUGUAAAUGGUUUCUGAAUAAGUGACUUAAGAGCAAAAUCACUGUGUACUUCGCAACUACUCUUCCU